CCUCCCCCUCUUCCCCUCUCGCCGCUCCCCUCCCCUCCCCUCACGGUGCCGCGCAGCGGGGAAGGACAAGGGGACUGCAGCGGGCCGGUGCGGACCCUGGGCACUUUGCGCACCGGGGAUCGCCCCCUUCGGUCUCCGCUCGCCCUCCGCUCCGUUCUCGCCUCUCGCCGCUUCGUCCCGGGCGGUCUAUCGCCGCAUGGUGCUGGCCGCAGCCAUGAGCCAGGAGCCGGAGACCAGCGGCCGCGAGCAACCCGACAGAGAUGCCCGCACCCUGGCUGCCUCCGCAACCGCCGCCCCCCCAGGACUCCUGGGACCCCCGGGCCACCGAGGAAUGCAGCAGCCGUUGCUGCCGCCACCUCUGCCGCCGCCGCCACCGGCGCCUCAGGCCGCCUUGCCUCAGAUUCUCCAAAAUGCUGCCAAGCUGCUGGACAAGAACCCAUUUUCUGUCAGUAAUCCAAGUCCUCUGCUUCCAUCACCUGCAAGUCUUCAGCUGGCCCAAUUGCAAGCCCAGCUGACUCUCCACCGGCUGAAAUUGGCACAGUCCGCGGUCACCAGCAACACUGCGGCUGCCACGGUUCUGAACCAGGUCCUCUCCAAAGUGGCUAUGUCUCAGCCCCUCUUCAGCCAGCUGAGACAUCCAUCUGCGAUUACUACCCCGCACAGCCACGCUGGGGCCCCCCAGCACCCAGCAGUAAUGCCAAAUGCCAGGUUUUCCUCCAGGGGAAUCACGUUUUCACCUCCCAGUCAAGGACAGGGCCUGGGACCAUCCAUGAGCCUGCCCAGCCAGGCUACCAAUACCAUGGUGAUGCAUCCUUUUGGUGGGGUCAUAUCUCAGACCUCUAAUCAACCAGCAGUUGUCCUGGGCAUCAGCAAAACUGGCCCUGUUCCUGCUGUGGCGGGGUUCUAUGACUAUGGUAAAGCUAGUAGUACUCAGGCCUAUGGUUCAGAUGCUGAUAAUCAGUCGAGUUUUCUGCCAACAUCGGGUGCCACCUCAGCUGGGGUGACCUAUGAGGGUCAGUGUAGUCAUACAGGGCACCCAAAGCAAGAUGGUCAAGCCAGCUUCACCAAAGACUUUUAUGGGCCCAAUUCCCAAGGACAGCCCCUGGGGUUCCCUGGAGAGCAGCACAUGAAUACACCCUCCACAGGCGGUCCUAAAGGAGAGGUAGACCCACUGCUCGAUGGCACUGGAGCAAAUAACCAAUGGGAAUGGCCACCAAUCAGCCAAUCCUAUGAGCUGUAUGACCCAGAAGAACCCACACCAGACACCAAGUUUGGGCCUUCGACCCCUGCUUCCUUCAACAAGAAGCAGAGUUUCAGUGGCACCCAGCGGCGAGGGAAGGAGGAGCCCAUGCUGUCCAUGAGGCCUCUCCAGGCUCAUGAGCUAAACGACUUUCAUGGUAUUGCACCUCUCCACCUGCCACACAUCUGCACCAUCUGUGAUAAAAAAGUCUUUGAUCUAAAGGACUGGGAGCAGCAUGUCAAAGGGAAAAUGCACACUCAGAAAUGCAUGACCUUCUCUGAAAGUGCGGGUAUUCGAUGUGUUGUUGGCUCAGCAGAAGGAGCAUUGUGUGCCUCACCUAACAGCACAGCUGUUUUUAAUGCACCUGGAACUGACGAUUUUGCCUCAAAUAUUGGAUCGUCAUUUGCUGUGGUUCCAACAAGGUCCUUUGCUCAGUCAAAUCCCACUUUCUCUCCUACUGCUUCCGGUACAAAUUUUUCACAGCGGAAAGUCACUGCUGGCCGAGUGGUACACAUCUGCAAUCUCCCUGAAGGAAGCUGCACUGAGAAUGAUGUCAUUAACUUGGGACUCCCCUUUGGAAAAGUAACUAAUUAUAUUCUCAUGAAGUCUACCAAUCAGGCUUUUCUGGAAAUGGCUUACACUGAAGCUGCCCAGGCAAUGGUACAAUAUUACCAAGAAAAGUCUGCUGUGAUUAAUGGUGAGAAAUUGCUCAUUCGGAUGUCCAAGAGAUACAAAGAGCUGCAAUUGAAGAAACCUGGAAAGAAUGUUGCAGCCAUCAUCCAGGACAUCCACUCUCAGAGGGAGCGGGACUUGUUCCGGGAAACAGACAGAUAUGGCCCUGAGAGACCCAGGUCUCGAAGUCCAGUGAGCCGCUCACUCUCCCCGAGAUCUCACACUACCAGCUUCACCUCCUGCAGCUCUUCCCACAGCCCUCUAUGUCCUUCCCGGGCAGACUGGGGCAAUGGUAGGGAAUCCUGGGAUCAGUCCCCCUAUGCCAGGAGAGAGGAAGAGAGGGAUCUGACUCACUGGAGGGAAAACGGAGAUGACAAGAGGGACAGGACAGACACUUGGGUUCAUGAUCGGAAACAUUACCCACGGCAACUGGACAAAAUUGACUUGGACAGCCGGAUUGAAGUAAUGAGGGGACACAGAGACAAAUAUAUCCGUCCCACUUCCCCUAGCAUACUCCACUCUUCAUCUGGUUACAAAGGCCGAGAGGAUGGCUAUUACCGAAAAGAUCCCAAGCUUAAACCUGACAGAUAUCUCAAGCAGCAACAGGACAGUCCUGCAAAGUCCAAAAAAAAAGAAGAGACUAGAUUAAGAGAAAGACACACCCACUGUGAGGACUCAGGGAAGGAAGACAUUUUUGAGCCCAAGGACAAUAGGACUUCAGAGAAUGUCAAGGCCAAACAGAGUGAGAAAAACAAAACCACAAAACCAGACAGAAGUCAAGAGGGGGAAACAGACACAGAAGAAAACAAAGCAGCAGAGAUUGAGCUUGGGAAAGAAGAACAGGAAGCUUUGGAGGAAAGUGAUGAAUUUAUGAAAAUAGAAGAUUCUGAUGCCGCAAAUGAAAGGGAAGAGAAGGAACAAGAUUGGGAAAGCGGAAGUGAAGUGGAGGGGGAGAGCUGGUACCCCACCAACAUGGAAGAACUCGUUACAGUGGACGAGGUGGGGGAAGAGGAGGACUUUAUCAUGGAGCCAGACAUCACAGAACUGGAGGAGAUUGUGCCAGUUGGGCAGAAGGACAAAACCUGCCCUGAAAUAUUUCCCUGUGGGAUGACCCCUUUAGACCUGAACACUGAUCACGGGGAAUUAGCCGAGGAGGCAGGUGAAUCUGCGGCUGGCGGAGCUGCUGAAAUCAGAUUCGAGUCGGACAGAGAAAGUGCUGCCUCCAGGAGCCAUUCUGAUGAAAUAGGGCUUGAAGGGCAGACGGGCAUAAAUCUAGACACUAUGAAGAAACCAGCUGAGCCUGAGGAAGACAGCUUUCCUAAAGAUCCAAAUUGCUAUAAGAAGGAAGGAAAGGGAGCUGAAAACUCAGAUGUUAACCCAGUCCCCACAUCACAGAAAAUGUCUUCCCAAGAGCCAGCAGAGGAAGGGGGAACACAGUCUGGGCUUUUCCUAGAUGAUUAUAAGCUGAUGGGAUCCCCUAAAAAUGGGACACAGGACAGCAGCAAACCAGAGGAGAAGCCCAGCUCCCACACAGAGACCAGCAACCAAAGCCAGGCUUGCCAAGAAAUGUUGACUGAGGAAAACUCCAGAUUCACAGAAAUCCCGUCCUUGGAAAUGAGCUCAUUAGCCUAUAGUGAGAUGGAGACAAAACAGCCUCAUCCAUUGCCUUCCUGGGAACCAGAGGAUGUGUUCAGUGAACUUAGCAUUCCUCUUGGAGUAGAGUUUGUGGUGCCCAGGACGGGGUUUUAUUGCAAGUUGUGUGGUCUUUUCUACACUAAUGAGGAGACAGCAAAGACAAGCCACUGCCGCAGUUCUAUCCACUACAGAAAUCUGCAGAAGUAUUUGUCCCAGCUGGCAGAGGAAGGCCUACAGAGCAAUGAACAGGGCAGCAGCCCGAAGCCAGAUGACUGUGGCAUCGGAAUUGUGCCCCACUUUGAGAGGAAAAAGCUCUGACCCAGUGGAAACAAGACGAGGGAGAAUGAGGGAUUGCCAGUGGUGCCUUGCUGAUCUCCAAGACAAGACCACUGCAUCUUCUCCUUCGAGAUGAGGAGGGAAAGCAGAGCAAAGCAGAGGACACAUUGUUUGGGUCAGGACCCAGAGAACCAGUGAAAAUGCUCCCCAAACUGUUCCCACAACAAAGCAGACCUGGCACGCCCAACAGGCAGAGCUGCAUGUCCUCUCUGUAUGUGUGCGUGCGUGUUUCUUUCUCUGUCAAGCCCUUUUUCAAACUUUCACCUGACUCUCCUUGCGUUCUGUACCCACAUCCUUUUCUUUUUCAUAAAACCUGACUCCUCAGGGAUUUUUAACAAGGUUUAAAUUCUUGAUGGGACAUGAUACAUCAGGCCAAGAGAAGGGUGGAUCAUCCAGGGGAAGGGCCUCAAAGAGAAAAGUCUAUGUAAAGAGACACUUGAAUGAAGUAGUAUUCAUCUCUCUGCUUGCUGUUCGUUGCCUGGGAUAGCCCAGCUAGAGUACCCGGAGCUCUAGAGUUAGAACAAACAUCACCAAGAAAGGCAAGGAGUAUAUACUUAAGGGGCCUGAUUCAAUCUCCUUCAUUCUCCAAAUGUAUGGCCAAGCCACCAUUUUUAGUAACCUGUUUUUAAAGAUCUUUCAUUCAGUUAUUUCUGAAAGUUCAUUGGCUUUAUGUCUUAAAUUAAAAUGAAGCAGACUUUGAAAGACACCCAAAAAAAACCUUUCUGAAAGCUUAGAUAAUUUCCCUCCAGAUUAAUCCUCUCCUUCUUUCUACCCCCACCCCCACCCCAGAUUGAGGAGAAAUGAGGGCUUGUUUUAUUUUGGACAGUGGAUCUGGUAUAGAUUCAGUUGGAUUAAAAUGAAGCAUACACUUCCUCUGCCUCCAGCUAAAAUAGCAGUUGGUGUAUGUCGGGGACAAAUGACUGCCAUAAAGCAGUGCUUGGAGUUGGAUUGAGAAACACCAAAACAAUGAAACUGCCAGCCAAGAUUCUGUCCUUGACUCACCCGAAGGUGCCUCCAUGCUGGGGUGUCUGGGUUGCAUUCUUCUGAAAAACCUCCUAACCCAAUGAUCUUAAGAUGCCCCUUGAGCUUUGGGAUCAACUGAGGAAAAAAGAGGUUGCUGAACUUAAGUCUAGGCCUGGAGGUUCCUUUGACCUAGGGCCCUUCACACCUGGAUUAAGGGAGUCUGUAGCUAGUUGGUGAUGAUCCUGUUUGAAGUAUCUUGUCAUGAGGCUUUUAAUAAUUUGUACUCAAACUCUUUGCAGAUCUGAGGUGAUCAGGGGGAUCAUUCCUGCAUUAGAUAGAUUUUACCUUUCUAGGCCAGACACUUGCUCAGUUUCAAUGUUGUCCCUAGCCAGUGAGUCAGUUAUUCCAUGUGUGGUGUUUUGGUCCUGGAUACUUUUUGUGAAGUUCCGAGUCCUGUGGGGGAAACCUCAGAAGGGUAUGAAGUGGAGCCCAGUUCUGCCCCUAGAAGUCAAGAUACUUCUGCAAAGUCGAUCUCGCCUUCUUGGACCUUUAAAAGGUAGGCAGUUAAAGAAAUCUUUAGAGAUUCCCAGUAUUUGGUCUUAUCACCCCUGGCAGACAUAGCAUGAGAGAAUUAUUAAUUUCUCAUGAUAGGUUAGAACUUGGUGGACAUUUCAUCGAUAGGGUCUGGGUCUGAACCACUAAUAUAAUACAAACAGCAUAAACAUAAUAAGACUUUGGAGUAUAAACUUUGAGCAAAUGUUGCCAGGGAGGAGAUACAGGUAUUGGAAACCUGUGUGUGUAUAAGAGAGGAUUUCAGGUAGGCACUAAAGGAAAAUAAACCAGUUUGGACAUGUCCAGGUCAGGGCUUUACCAAAGCUGAGAAGCCAAAUUUGUCAUUAGAACAUUUUAGAACCUCAGGAAGGUUGGUUUUUAAGAGAUGUGAAAGGGUUUGAAGACUGGAGCUCAAUCCAGACCUGUUCUCCUGUCCCCACACAUCAUGAAUCCAGUUGCCAAAGUAGCCUGUGAACAAGGAAUGCUUGUACUGUGUCCUCGGCACUAGCCGUUCCUUCCUUUCUGGGAAAUAUCCUGACCUCAUAUGUCUCUAUCUUGCCAUCCCAGAGAGGGGAGGGGAUGCAUUUCUCAGCUUUUCUAGGGUUGUGCCACUCACUGAACCAGAUUGGGAUAAACCUUACACUGUCACCAUCAGAAAGUUGUUGCAGAGGUUCACCUUGCCCCAGAGGGCAACAGCCUACUCUUCCCCCAAAAGUAGGAAAAUCCCCUGCCAUCGCCUGUUCCACCUGGCAGGGUUUGCAUGGAAAUUUGGAUUGGCUGCUUCUCCUGAGGAACUCUUAGGUCUUCCUUGCUGAUAAACUGAAUAUGUCCAUGGUGGGGGUGGAGAGUUGUUCACUAACCAUGUUUCUUAAGGCUUUUAUCUCUUUUACUCCAUCAAGAUCCUCUAUUUACAAAAGAUUUCAGGAUAUACAUGUGUACAUAUAUACAUAUAUAAUAUAUAUUUUUAUACAAUACCAUUGGCAUGAUUCUUCACCAAUCUUCAUAAUUUGCACUUUUUAUUUCUAUAUGUAUUGAACCCAGUACAGUGUUAAAAGCAGCCCAGGCAAGUUCUUAUUCUGUUUAAAAGGCGUUUUUCUGCAAUGUUUGUUGAUAACUUCCAAGUGUGUCCCCAAAAGGGGGCUCAAAAGUAUUUACCAUUUUUAGCAAUACAUACAUUGUUCCCUAGAUAAAAUUUAGGCUUUAAUAUUACAAAGAUCUGCUUUUUAAAAAAUCAACCUCCCUUUCCACCCUGCCCCAAAAGAAAGCAAUAUUCAGUCACUGCCCCCCCUCCCCCCACAGAAUUCAGCAAAUAAACUGUUGGCUUGAACACUAGCUUAGUGUAGUUGUAGCAUCGGGCCGGUAUCAUCAGGGUUUUUUACUUGUGAAAUAUCUGAGGCUGUGAUCUGUUGAAUUAUACUUGAACUGGACCAGAACAUAUUUAUUGAGCUUAUAAAAAUUUUGUUAAUUUAAGCUUUGGCUUGUAAAUGGUUGGAAUUUGUUGAACUUUGUUGAGUGUCUUAUGAGUUGUCACUACUUUUACUGAUUCGUGUAACUGACCGCCAAGUGUUUUGAGGUGUUUCAUAAAAAAAUGAAAAGAAAAAAAAAGAUUUUAAUAAAGGUAAUUUGAAAGCC